AUGGGGCCCCCGGGCAAUAGGGGCUCAUGGGGCCCCUGUGUCUUUUCCCAAACUCAAAAAAGCCUAUGAAAAAGGUACAAGGAAUAUCUACAAAACCUGCACCGUUUAGGAAAUAUUCAGUGUUUCUGCAGCUGGUGAUGUCAUGGUGCAUAGGCUAUGAAAGGACGGCACCAGGGGCAGACUGACAACUCAUGGGGCCCUCGGGCAAUAGGGGAUCAUGCGGCCCCUGUAUCCUUGCUCAAACUCAAAAAAGCCUAUGAAAAAGGUACCAGGGGCAUCUCAUGGGGCCCCCUACUGACCCCGGGCCCUCAGGCAGUGCCCAAGUUUCCAAAUGGUCAGUCCGCCCCUGGACGGCAUACUUAU